CUCUUCCUCUGCGGCCAACACCACGCGCGGCGGUUCCGCUGACUCGCUCCCUCUCGGCCGCCGGUGGGCCCUCCCUCCCCGCCAUUGUCGGAGGAGGCCGCGCCCUGCCCUCGCCUCGGGCCUGGUGGUGGUGGCGGCACUGGUGGAGCGGAGAGGAGACGGGGAAGCCCAGGCAGCCCGGAGGAAGGAAGGAAGGAAGGAAGUGCAUUAUCUAGCCAUUUAGUAUCAUGUCUGAUAACGGGGAACUCGAAGACAAGCCACCAGCUCCACCUGUUCGGAUGAGUAGCACUAUCUUCAGUUCAGCCAGCAAAGAUCCAUUAUCAGCUAACCAUAGCUUGAAACCCCUGCCAUCUGUGCCAGAGGAGAAGAAGCCUAGAAAUAAAAUCAUCUCUAUUUUUUCUGGCACUGAAAAAGGAAGUAGGAAAAAAGAAAAAGAAAGGCCUGAAAUCUCUCCUCCAUCAGACUUUGAACAUACCAUUCAUGUUGGCUUUGAUGCUGUUACUGGGGAAUUCACUGGAAUGCCAGAGCAAUGGGCUCGACUACUACAGACCUCAAAUAUCACCAAGCUAGAGCAGAAAAAGAACCCCCAGGCUGUACUAGAUGUGUUGAAAUUCUAUGAUUCUAAAGACACAGCAAAACAGAAAUAUUUGAGCUUCUCUGCUACAGAAAAAGAUGGAUUCCCUUCAGGAGCACCUGCACCUAAUGCAAAAGUCACAGAGCCUUCCACAGCAGCAGAAGAGGAAGAUGAUGAUGAAGUGGCUCCACCAAUAAUUGCCCCACGACCGGAUCAUACAAAAUCAAUUUACACACGGUCAGUAAUAGAUCCCAUCCCAGCACCAUCUAGUGACUCAGGAGACAGUGCUGCUAGAUCAGCUGAUAAGCAGAAAAAGAAAACUAAAAUGUCAGAUGAAGAGAUCAUGGAAAGGCUACGAACGAUUGUGAGCAUAGGCGAUCCCAAGAAAAAAUAUACCCGAUAUGAAAAAAUUGGGCAGGGGGCUUCAGGUACAGUUUUUAUUGCUAUCGAUGUGGCAACAGGACAGGAGGUUGCUAUUAAACAGAUAAAUCUUCAGAAACAACCCAAGAAGGAGUUAAUUAUCAAUGAGAUCCUAGUAAUGAAAGAAUUGAAGAACCCAAACAUAGUCAACUUUCUAGACAGUUACCUAGUAGGAGAUGAACUCUUUGUCGUAAUGGAAUAUCUGGCUGGCGGGUCUCUCACAGAUGUAGUUACAGAAACCUGUAUGGAUGAGGCACAGAUUGCUGCUGUCUGCAGAGAGUGUCUGCAGGCACUGGAAUUCCUUCAUGCCAAUCAGGUGAUUCACAGAGAUAUUAAAAGUGACAAUGUGCUCUUGGGAAUGGAUGGAUCAGUUAAGCUGACUGACUUUGGUUUCUGUGCUCAGAUUACUCCAGAGCAGAGUAAACGUAGUACUAUGGUUGGGACGCCUUAUUGGAUGGCUCCUGAAGUGGUCACUAGGAAGGCAUAUGGCCCAAAAGUGGAUAUUUGGUCUCUGGGCAUCAUGGCUAUUGAAAUGGUUGAAGGCGAGCCCCCAUAUCUCAAUGAAAACCCUUUGAGGGCACUCUAUUUAAUAGCAACUAAUGGCACCCCAGAGUUACAAAACCCAGAAAAACUCUCCCCAAUAUUCCGUGACUUUCUAAAUAGCUGUUUGGAAAUGGAUGUAGAGAAAAGAGGGUCAGCCAAAGAACUGUUACAGCAUACUUUCCUGAAACUGGCCAAACCUUUGUCGAGCUUGACGCCGUUGAUCUUAGCAGCCAAAGAAGCAAUGAAGAGUAACCGUUAGCAUUUCCCCUGUGGCCAUCAUUAUUUUUGUUCUUUAUUUUUUAAAAAAAUCUUCAUAAUAUAUAAAUUGUUGCUCUUGUUAGGGGAUUGAAUAUCUGCAGAAGGGGAAAAAAUCUUACCUUGGAGCCACAAGCGAAGAAAAAAAAAUGGUGGUGUUAGUGAACUCUUCUUGGAGUCUGGAAGAAGUUGUGAACUGAAUCACUGGCCUUUUCACCACUUCUGCAGACAGCUCAGAAAUAUAUUUUACUAUGCCUGCGAGUUGGUUUCUUUGAUGACUUUGCUGUACCAGAUCCCACUCAUUGUGCUCUGCUGGGCACUUUCAAUACUUGAACAACAGAUUCAAGCUUUUAGCGGAGGGUAUAUUACAUUGAUCUGCUAACCUUUUCCCUCUUCCCUUUCCUUCGUCUUCAUACAGAAUAUGGCAAGCUCUGACUUAUUAAAAGCAGAUAUGGUAGAAAUGUGAAUGUUCCUAUUAUUUCCUUUCUCUUAAUCUUCAGUUUAGCUAUAACUGUUACAACAUUAAUAACCCAGCUAUCUAGAUACCUAAUUUUUCAAUGCCUUUUCUUAAAGACAGAAGAACAUGGGUAGAGAGGGAAUUAAAAGGCUUAGUGGUGUUUGAUGUAGAAUUUUAUUGCAUGGACUUCUUAACAUAAAAGAAAGAUGUCUCUGAAUUUUGGAGAAUGAAUACAUGUGGGGAAAAGGAGGAAAGUGUUGCUUUUCUUUAAUGCUCAAACCAUCCUCUGGGCAUGGGGAGAAAACUCCAUUCCUGUGAAUUGUCUUCCACUCCUCCCUUGUCUGUGUAGAUUUGUCGAUAAUAUUUUAAAGGAAUGUUUUGAAAGUUUGUAGUUUUAUAGCUGUAUCCAUGUUCUUACUUGGGCUUAGGGCUUUGUGCUGGUGCCUUCUGAAUUUUUAAAUUACCCUUCUUUGUAUUAAAUACAUUUUGUAUAUGUUGGACAUUUACUCUCCAAAAGCAACUUUGGAGUGGUCAGGACUAAGUAUUAGGGCUCUCUUCCUUGUUACAUACAUAUAUUAAAAUAUAUAUGCAUCAUUUCCACUAAUGAAAGAUCCUUCAGAUUUUGCAAAAAAAAUAGAAGAUUCAAGACUUUUUGUACAAUUCAUCCAACUGAAGCUUCUGAACACCAAAAGUGCUAUUCUAUGAAGGCAAAAACUGGAGUCAGUAGAGUAGCUUAGAUUCAACAUUUGAAUUGGCUUGUGAAUGGCUAGAGGAACAUAUUUCAUUGUCAUCUUUUUCUUGGAAAGACUUAUCAACUACUAUGACUAAAGACAAACUCAAGAUCAAGUGCCUCCCUAAAUGAAAGAAAGCAACUGGAACUACAGAUGAACUGAAGUUCUGGUUGAGGUGGCCAGAUAUAUCAUUGGAAUUUCCUUGUCGCUCACAUCAGCCUUCUAAAAUCACUGUGGUUUUAUGUGGAGCUUAUCUUGAUAGAGACUUCUUGAAUGAUAAUGUGCCAAACAGUAAAAUAAGCAACUCUUAAUUUGAUAUUGUAGCUUUCUGUCAUUUCUGGUCAGUAUGUUUGACAGAAGAUAUUAAAGCCCUGGAGAAGCAACCUCUUAGAGCUUUUCUGAUGAAAAGUAGAAAGCCAUUUUUUCUACCUGUGAACAAUAUUGCUAUGUGUUGGCAUAAGAACAUCAUUUGUGCUGGGAUUUCAUGAACAGGUUGUAAAAUAAUAUGUAUUAGCCAGGGUCCAAGUUCUAAUCUGCUGCAUUGCAAAGUGUUCAUUUCUUCAGAUCCUGUAGCCUCUUGCACCCUGUUGUGUACCAACAAAUGCCUUAUUAAUGCAGCUGAAAAGAAUGCCACACUCCAGUCUGCAGUCCUAUAACCUUCCUAUUUCAGAUCAUUUUGAAUGUGUGUUGGUUUGUUCUGAAGAGAUGUGAUCUCUUGGUCUAAAUGGUAUUUUAGGUGCUCUUCUCAUCACCAUUGCUUGCAGUGCUAUUACUUUAAAAGUUGUGAUAGCAUUGCCCUUAAAUUGAUAAUAUGUGAAUCAAACCAAGAGAUUUAAACAACCCUUACAGUUAAUUUUCAUCCUCUUACCAUUGGGUCUUUGUCUGUUGCUGGCAAUAGAAUAUGUCAAACCCAUGAUUCACGUGAGUCCUAGGUGCAUUUUUUUAAUGGUAACAAGUUAUUCUGAAAGUUUUAUUUCCAAACAAAAAUACUGUCCUUUAACUUCAUAUGUGAUAGGAGCAACUGAAUUCUGUAAAGGUUUACAAAUCUUUGCUUACAUUGCUUGCAGUUUGGAUUAGCUCAGCAGCUGUUGAACCAUAUCCCAUGGCCUCUUAUGUGUCCGUAUCUAUUGAAUAUUGCCACAAUAUGUCCAGGUGGACACUCUUUGAGUGUAACUUGCAGGUUAGUGCUACAGCAAUGCAGAUACCUAAUUUCCUAGGUGAUAUAACUGGGGGAUAAUAAACAGGAGUGAGCUGAGUUGGGAACUCUUCAUUGGACAUUAAAAAAAUCAGAAUGUUCUUAGCCCAUUAUGGUUCAUUGUGUAGCUAUGCAUGUAGUUUGUAUGGUACAUGGAUUGAUCAUAUAUUGCAAAUGUCUUAAAAGAUUGAUUUAGAAGUGGAAAAGUGACAGCCUUCUCCUUCUUUGAUGUCUAGUGCAUAUUUCUGAGUGUGGUGAACAUGCCCUGGACUGUAGUUUGUUAGCAAAGUGUGAAAAUACGUAGCAGAACAUUGGAAGAGUUCUUACUCUUGAGUUUAUGGCUAAAUACGGUUUAAACAAAUAUUUUCUGGGCACUAUUAUCAAUAUACACUUUCAAUUCAUAGUGACUUUUUUUGGUCAAUUUACCCUGAUUGUUGGGAUAGCUUGGCAUUAUCCCAAAUGCUCCAAUAUAGGAUUAGAUCCUAAUUUAGUGGAAAACUAUAGAAGACAGUUCUAUAAAAGGAGUUGGUAAGAGUAGAGCCUGUAAUAGAGAGCUCAAGACAGCCAUGUCAUAGUUUAAUCAUUCAGUUUAGUCUAAUAGAAAAUUACUAUGAAUUAAAAGUGCACUUGUGUGCAUGUGCUCACAUGGACAAAAAAAAGAAUAUGAGCCAGCUUUUGAAUCUUGGGCAUGUUUGCAAUGGCACACUAUGAACAGAGGUGUGAAAUUGCAGUCAGGAGAAAGGUGCCUCAUUCCAUGAAAACAGACUUACCUGAAAUUAGGAACUCUCAAGGUUCAGCCUGAUCCCCAAAAUGGUUACAAACAUCACUUAAAAAAAUUGAUUGUUGGUUUGAAUUGAGACAUUCAUCACUGGAGCAUGUAUCUUAAAAUUUAGGCAGUCGCCAGAUGUGUACUGUUAAGCAAUUUGGAGCAAAUUAACGCCACUACUAAGAGUUGAAAGAAUUUUGCUAUCUUCAUAGCUGGAAUUAAACACACUUCAAAACAAAAGUCUUCAUUGCUCUCUUUCUCUCACUUUGUCAAAUGAAAACAGAAGUAGUGUAAGCUUUGGUUUUUUUAAAAACUCUUCAGAUUUUGUUGCCUUUUGUUUAAUUUAAUCUCAUCUGUUAUUUAAUUGUUACUGCAAUAUUAACUACUGUAUUUGACUAUGUUUAAUGACUUUGUUCUUUCAGGGCUAGAAAUAAACAUUUCUAAAAUA